AUGCAAUUCGGCAAAGCAAUCGGGACAGCAUGCGCAUCAUUCGCAAUCACAAACAUCGACGACGCCUUCGUGCUCGUAACAUUCUUCGCAGAAGCAACCACAAGAAAGACCAUCACCCCUCUCAAAAUCACCAUUGGACAAUGUCUCGGCUUCACAAUCAUCAUCAUGAUCAGUAUGAUCGGCUACGGCGUAUCGCUCGCCCUCCCCUCCGAACCGAUCGGCUUCCUGGGCCUCCUGCCAAUUCUCCUGGGAUGCUGGAACCUAAUAAAGCUCAUAUUCUCGACGGACGAUGAGGACGAAGACGAAGAAUCUCGAUUCGGGUCCCUCAAGAGCGUUUUCAAGGUCGCGCUGGUUACGCUCAUGAAUGGAGGCGAUAAUAUCGGCACCUACAUCCCGCUCUUCUCGCAGGCCAAGGGAACGGAAAUUGCCAUUUAUGUGGUUGUUUAUUACAUCCUGCUUUUCGUUUGGUGUCUGACUGCUUAUUUGGUUAUGAAACAACGGCAUAUUCUUCGGCUGGCGCAGAAAUAUGCUGAGUAUGUGGUGCCGUUCCUUUAUAUGGGACUUGGGAUCUACAUCGUUGUCAAGUCCGAUGCCUAUCCUUGGUCUAUUGAUCGCAUCAAUCGGGAUAUUGCCUCGUAUCCCGGAAAGGUUGUUAUGGGUGUUGUGACAGCGGGGCUUCUUUUGAUAUGUAUCACUGGAUUGGGGAUCUUCCAGUGGAAGAGAUACAAGGCUUCGAAAGUGCCUGAAGAAGCGGAGACUGGCGAUGCUGAAUCUGAGUCCCAUGGAAACUCUUUGUUUAUGACAGAAAAUCCUGCCACGAGGGACUCGCAAAAAAGUACCACCCAACUUGAUGUCUCUGAGGAAACGCAGAGGCCUACUGGCAUUAUUACCUAA